GCAUCCCGAUGUCCGUGUCAGGGCGGCCAGCCCUGCCCGCCCUGCUGCUGGCUGUGGCCCUGUCUUCUUUCUGCUCCGCCACAUCUGGAGAUGAAGCACGAAACCGGCUGUUGAUGAGAGAGAAGAUGAUGCGGCUCGGGGGGCAGCUGGUGCUGAAGCCGGAGGAGGAGCUGGCCAACCAGAGGCUCGGGGCCCUCAAGGAGGCUGAGAUGCAGGAGGCCCUGAGGACGGGGAGCAUCCCACCCAGCAUGCACUUCUUCCAAGCCAAGAGCCUCAUUGAGAAAAGUGCGGUGUUCAACAUCCUGAAGAAGAUGCCAAAAGGGGCUGCCUUACACGUCCACGACUUCAGCAUCGUCAGCGUGGACUGGCUGGUGAGAAACGCCACCUACAGGCCCCACUGCUAUUUCUGCCUCACCCCGAGGGGGACCCCGCAGUUCAGAUUUGCUCGCUCGACGCCCCCCACCCUGAACACAACAGAAUGUCCCGAGUGGGUUUUGCUGGAGAAGUUUCGAAAGGGGCUGCCGAAUAUCACCGAGUUUGACCACAGCCUGCUGAGGAAUUUCACUCUGAUGACCGAGAACCCCCAGGCGACUUAUGCAAACCAGGACGUGGUCUGGGCCAAGUUCGAGACCAUCUUCGUGGCGAUCGGGGGCCUCGUGAGCUACGCCCCGGUAUUCCGAGACUACAUCUCCCAGGGCCUGGAGGAGUUCUACCAGGACAACGUGCUCUACCUGGAGCUCAGAACCAUGCUGUACCCGGUCUCUACUCUCCUGGGUAUCCUGGAUGACCCCCUUUUCCUGGGAUAUGUCCACACGUCCUUGAGGUCGGCCCAGGUGUAUGAACUGAACGGGUCGGUCUACAGCCCAGAGUGGUCGGUGAGGUUGUACGAAGAAGUGGCUCGUAAUUUUGCAAAAGAGCAUCCUGGGUUUCUUGGAAUCAAACUCAUUUAUUCGGAUCACAGGUCCAAAGAUGCGUCCGCCGUCACGAAAUCCAUCCAGACAGCCAUGGAACUUCGAGCCAAGUUCCCCGGGAUGGUGGCGGGGUUUGACCUGGUGGGGCGAGAGGACACGGGCCACUCCCUGUAUGAGUACAAGGAGGUGUUGAUGAUACCAGCCUCGCGGGGCUUUGAGCUGCCUUACUUCUUCCACGCCGGAGAGACAGACUGGCAGGGUACUUCCGCAGACAGAAACGUUCUGGAUGCCCUGAUACUGAACUCGACCAGGAUUGGCCAUGGGUUUGCUUUGAGCAAACACCCGGCCGUCUGGGCUGAGGCUCGGAAGAAGGACAUCCCCAUCGAAGUCUGUCCCAUCUCCAACCAGGUGCUGAAGCUGGUGUCUGACCUAAGAAACCACCCCGCAGCGGUGCUGAUGGCCGCCGGCUACCCCAUGGUCAUCAGCUCUGAUGACCCCGCUACUUUUGGAGCCAAAGGCUUGUCCUAUGACUUCUACGAGGCCUUCAUGGGCAUCGGGGGGAUGACGGCUGACCUGAGAACACUCAAACAGCUGGCCAUGAACUCCAUCAGGUACAGCGCCCUGUCGGAGCCCGAGAAGCAGUUUGCCAUGGCAACCUGGGCGGAGAGGUGGCAGAAGUUUGUGGCCCAGCUGGCAAGGGGCCCCAAGUGAGGAGACGGCCGUCGGUCACCGCUGCCUCUGCUUCCCUCCGUCCCGGCCUCACCUUCUCUCAGCCGGUCCGGAACCCAGGGGAGUCACCUCCGUCUCUUUACCAGAACCGACCUGCGAAGGCCACCCUCAGCCUCCACCUUGCCCAACCUCUCAGAGCUCUCAUCAGUGGACCCCACGCACCCCGUGGAAGGUCCUCCCUCGGCCUCGGUGACACAGCCCCUCCGGGUUCCUGCUUCCCUCCGGCCGCAGCUCCCGGGGGGGCCCCGUCCCCGAGCUCCUCUCGGCCUGAUCUCGGGUGGGCGUCCCUCAGCUCAGCCCUGCGCUUUUGUCUGGGCUGCUUUCCUCGCCUUUCGUCUCUUCCCUCCACACUCUUCUCCUGGGUGGUCUCGUCUACUCCUUCCUGCUUGUUGGUGACUCCCAAACCUCUGGAUGGCUCCCAAUCGAUACACUCGAUGGCCCACGGGAGCCGCGGACACCGGCGCCGAGCAGCACGUCCCUCCCAGGCGCCUCGGUGACUGGCAUCUCCGUCCACGGUGCAGAGGUCGCCAGAGGUCGCCAGAGGUCACCAGAGGUCGUCAGAGGUCACCAGAGGUCACCAGGGGAGUCCUUGAUGCUCCUGUUCACCCAGUCUCCCCCCCACCGCUGCGGCCUGACCUCCGGCUGCUGUACGCGCGCUGGCCCGACUCACAACGGUCCCUAGCUGCUCUCUCCCUUCUCUUUGCCCUUUCCAGCUCAUUCUCCCGCAGCAAUGACUAUUUAAAGUUAAAUUAGGGGCUUCCCGGGUGGCGCAGUGGUUAAGGAUCCGCCUGCCAAUGCAGGGGACACGGGUUCGAGCCCUGGUCCGGGGAGAUCCCACAUGCCGCGGAGCAACUAAGCAGGUGCGCCACAACUACUGAGCCUGCGCUUUAGGCCCUAUGAGUCACAACUACAGAGCCCGUGAGCCACAACUACUGAAGCCCGUGCGCCUAGAGCCCGUGCUCCACAGCAAGAGAAGCCACCGCAAUGAGAAGCCCGUGCACCACCACGAAGAGUAGCCCCCGCUCGCCGCAACUAGAGAAAGCCUGUGUGCAGCAAGGAAGACCCA